AUGUCUACAUUUUAUUACAGUAUUACUCACACUCCAAUCAUCACACCCUUCUUGAAGGAAUUCUGUCCCAACCUCCCACCCUUCGCGCCCGACGAAGCCUUUAAAAACGAAGUCUUCAACAAAUUCGCGGCCGCCUCCGGCCUCCCAGAAGACACCAUUCCCCACUUCGUCGACACAGGAGAAGUCCUAACACGAUGCUUCUACCCCAGCCUUCCCCGAGAUCUACAGGUCUCCAUAGGAGUCCUAACAGCAUACGUUUUCUCGAUCGACGACCAAUGCGCAGAUCCCGAAUUCCGCGAGCAGCUUAAACCCUACCGCUCCGUCUUUCUUGGCAAAUCCAGUACCAAUCUGCAAUACAUCAAGGGACUAUACAACAUCCUUCACGAUAUAGUUAGUCACUAUGAAUGGUAUGCUGGCGACAUGAUCUUCAAGUCAACCAUGGACUUUGUGAGCAUCAAUAUCGUGGAGGCAGAGCGGACGGGUGAUUUCAUGGUAUCUCCUUCUACCAAGUUGUUUCCGGACUUCUUGCGACAAAAAAGUGGUAUUGGAGAAGCUUAUGCGUUUUUCUACUUCCCCGAGAGUGACUGGAAGUUGGGGGAUUAUUUUACGUUGAUCCCUGAUAUAGCGGGGAUUAUUGAGCAGUUGAAUGAUGUGUUGUCUUUUUAUAAGGAGUCUGUUUUGGGAAAUGAACCCGGGACGUGGAUCAGGCAGACUUCUGUUUGCAGGGGGAUUUCUGAGUAUGAGGUUUUCCAGGAGAGAGUGGAUCAGUGCUUGGGUAGUAUCCGGAGACUGCGUGCUGCAUGUGAGGGCAAUCCGAGACUGCUAAAGGCAGUCAACGAGUUUAUCAAGGGGUAUCCUCUAUUCCAUCUUAACGCGGGGAGGUAUAAGCUGGAUCAGUUUGGCAGUUAUGACGGCUGGUUGAAUGAGAAAGCCUUUGGUGGAAAUUAG